GUGACGUGGUUAAUAUAAGGCUUUGAGUCGGUGUGAUCUGUCAGCCACUUUUCGCGUGCUGUCAAACCCACGGCGCGCACAUAAGUCUCUUUUUGUGCCCGAAAAAACCCCUCUGUCACCGUGAAAUAUUUUGGAUCCUGGCACUUUGACACGCUGCCAAGGAAAAAGAGAAAACAUUUGAAACUUCCGGCGUGACAGCUCGGGUCAUCCCCUGAUUUUUCGUAUUUGUGUUAAAUAAGACGGCUACUAAGAUUUUCUUCCAGACGUCCGGCUCGAGCGAGAGCAACAACACGUUUAGAGAAAUGGACCGCACGAAACGCCAAGGUAUGAUGCUCGUUCUGGCGCUUAGUAUUUCGCUGUGUUCAUUAGCCGACGGUGCCUGCGUUCAGGAAGAAAACGGAGGUCCCGUUCAUUGCUGUGAUCAAAGAGAACAUGGCGGUUCUCUUCAAUGUUGCGGCGGCAGAAACAGCAGUUGUGGCAUGGAGGAUUACGUUCAUAAUACUAUUUGCUACUGCGAUGAAUUCUGUGAGACGGCCGCGGACUGUUGUCCUGAUUUUGAAAGUGUGAAGAGACCAUGCGGCUGGGGAAAUGGUAAGUGGCUAGAAUUCUUCUCGCUUUGUUUUGAGGAUGAAGGUCAUUUCACAGCAAUGUAAGUAGAAUUAAGCAGGGUCUUAUUACAAUUUAGUCUAGCUAUGGGUGAAUCUCCGCUCGUCAAAGCCUCGUGAUAAACCCAAAGUAUCCUUUUUAGACCCAAAACGCGCCAUUGCAUUCUGUUUAUCUUACUCUCUUCUUACAUUCGCUUGGGCAUAUUAUGUGUAGUCUAACUUGGCUGCGAGUCACUAUUGUUACUUGAUCGAUAAAAUCUAAGCACUUAUGGAUGUUUUGAGAGAUAAAAAUAACGGGAACGAAUGUACGCAGGCUGAUUUGAAUGUAGUAUGUAGGCGAAUCAAACAAGUACUGAGUAUUUUAUCUUUAUAUCGGAAGUUAAGACAAUUAACCAUGAAUCAAAAGCACUAAGGGUUUGUUUAAUCAGUGAUGCAUGGAGGAAGCUUUGUACCUCAUGCAUGAAAAACGUGUUUUACUCGUAAAACCGGGGAUUUAUUUUGAAAACCUGACUCUUGAGUACAUGCAAAUAGGCAUGAGCACGGCUGCAUGUUCAAGAUCACUGUACGCGUGCGAUAUCCGUAUCCCCGCGCUUUAACGUCAAAGAACGGGGUUAUAGAUAUCAGCAACUGCUCUCGAGUCUUCGUAUCUACGAUAUCAUUUUCACCAAAUGCGAGCCUUUUCAAAGGCAACUCGAUUUUAUCGUGAAAACCGUGUGCGCUUAAUUUUUGGGGAUAAUCUGCUGAUCUCGACUUGAAAAAAUUCCCUCUCUGCGAAAUUAAACGUUGCAAAAAUGAUUUGCCUCAUACAUUUGAGUUUAAAAAAAGAAAAAAACAUCACGUGCUAAUUAAGGGCAAUUUCUCAUUCUCUGUGUUCCGAACACUCGAAAUAACCAUCAUCAGAUCAUCAAACGUGUCCCUCCUCUAAGAAACUAAAAAAAUAAGAACACUUAGACUUAACACCAAAUUUAUUCCAAUGUUUGGCUGUUUGAACAGAAAUUCACAAAAAGUUUUUCUCAGGAGAUAUUUCAUUCAUCUUUAACCGCAAAAAUGUGUUCCCACAAAAUGCAAAAAAAUCGGCAACGAGUAGAAUGAAGCUUCCGCAAUAUUUUUAGCUACCGGUGGGCGAAUGCAUCUUGUUAACUUGCAGAAUUGAUAUUAAGUGGAUAUCAUAAACUGAACAAUCGUAAUAUAAUUUUUUCCAUGUGUUACCAUCCAGUUGCAGUCAAAACAUUUACCUCUUCUACUAUUUACAACUUUUCUGGUGAAUGACCUUUUUACCGGGCAAACACUGGAACAACAACAAAGAGACAUUCCUGGAAUUAAACAUUACAAGAAUGAAAAAAAAAAAAAGAGAAAGUUUUGAAAUUGUUGUACCAACUUGUACACUAAGAAUAUUUUCAAAACUAGACGAUUGAUAUUGUGAGCUCAUUCAUGGGCCUGACCUUGUCGCGGUCAAGCCACAAAGUCUCUAAUUUUUUGGCAGCAGAUAUUUCUUAAAAGGCCAAGAAUUUUUUUGCAGGAGAAAUCUCAACAGUUGCUAUAAUUAGAAACUUUUGCUUCUCCAUUGUUCUUUUAUUAAUCUUUUAUCAUCAAAUUUGGACUUGACCAGAAAAUCUAGUAAAUCCUUAAAUCAGUGCUCUUUAAGACAUGUCGAGAGAGUUCUUUCGGUGUCCGGUUUAUGAAAAUUAAUCCUGUUUUUAUUCAAAGGACAAACACUCUGAAAAAAGACAGUUAAGGAGUAUAUAAUGAGCUUUUCGGAAUGGCUUCACCCGCUAAAAGGACAUCGUUAACAGACCUCAACACGCUACCGUUGACAGCGUAAUAUUUUUUUGCAUUCGUCGUUUUAUUGAACUGGACCAACGAAACGGUAAUUGCCACAUCCCUUUUCUCGACUCCUUUUGAAUUUGUGACGCCAUUCACCUAAUUUAUUUUUUCCGUUAUUAAUCUUGGUAGUUUACAUGUACAUUAUAUUUAUCUCUAAUUAAGUGGGAUUAGACCAGAUUACUGUAUACUUAUUGUAGAAAAGCCCAUAAUUCGGCUUAAAUAAUUAGAUACAGUCGUCGAUUUUUCCAGCCAUCUUGCUCUUUCAUCUUUAGAUUAUGUUCUUAAAAUCUUUGUAUCAAUAUCAAUAUCAAAUUGCUGCUUUAAUUCCUGAAGAAGAUGUUUACUUUUCAGCGGUUUUCAGUUUUGGGAGACACGCUUCGUGCCUAAAAAGGAUAUGUCAAACUUGUUUGGAUUUAUGAACUGACUAAACUACCUGUUAUUAUCCUUUCUCCAUCAAUGCUGUCUGAUAUGGUUUCCUUUUUGAAAGUUUUCUAAAAUCCGAGAUCAAGACACCAACAGUUCUAUUAAUAGUAAAGCUCUAUAUAUUUUCAGUGGAGCUAGUACUGACUAACUUAAUCCCCCACCCUCCCUUUCCUCUCAAAUGAUCAGUCUCUCAUUCAUCCUUCUGUUAACCUCCUCUAUCUACAUAUUGUCCUCAGUUGUAUGAUUAUCUCAAAACCAUUCUCUGCUUCAAUUCGUCCAAGCCAUAACAGAAACAGUCAAUCUUCCUAGCCUAAGAUAAACCCUCACCAAGUGAAGAUGCCAUAAUUUCAUCGCAAUAGUUCUUGAUGAUAUAAACUUCUUCCAGGAGAAGAUCUCUUUCUUCGCGGAUAAACUCACGAGAAAUGCAAAGUUGGUAUAACUGUCGUGACAUAAAGUCGGGCGAUUUUCACUCACCCUGGUACAAACUGAACAGACUAGAAAUUCCUCCAGUACCAUAUAUAUUAAAUGAUAUCAAGAAAUUUGAGAAGAAAGCAAAGACAAGCGAACCCACCCGUAGAAAACGUCUUCUUCUGCAGCUUCCCCCCACGUAGCUCAAGCCCUAUGAAAACACGAGUGGAACUUUUCCAAUGACGAAUGACUGAACCCAAAACUAAAUACAUAAUAAAACUGAAAACAUUAAGUUUUUAUAGGCUUUUUGUUCAUAUAAGAAACUGAAUAUUUUAUUUCUACGAGUAUUUAGAGCCUGGCAGCGCAUGAGGUAUCUUUUCUUUCAUUACUGAUGAUCCUUUGUAAAACAGCAAAUUUUAAAGGCGAGGUUAAACUGUUCUACCCCCCUCUCCCCUCUCCCCCCUCCCAUCUUCCAAAUAUAUGCAGGUUAAUUCCGUCUGUUUAAGGUGGCGACAUACUUCGGAUUAAUUUGUAAAAAGUGGAUUUUAAAAUCUAAUCUGGUAAUUACCUUAACCUUUGCAGAUGUGUGGUAUCGAUGAAGACCUUGUAACUAAGAAAAGAUGCGGCAACCGACCAAAAAAUUCACGUUGAAAAUUAAUUAGGCAUUUUUACAAUAGAAUCUUCACAAACAAUCGUCACAUUAAUAGCUCUCGAAAUUCUUGAUCACUCGUCAUUUCUUUGGAAGUGUUUAUGGUUUCGCUGUUCAUUGUCUUUUCACAUCUGCAACGCACAAAACAACGCAAAUCUUCGUUCAUGAAAUGAUCGGAAUUCUGUUUCAUUCCGGAGUGCUUUUGAGCGUGAUAACUGAAAGUAAUCCUUCAAUGAGUGACAUAAAUUCCUACUCCGCUUUCAUCGACCGCGACUUAAAAUAUGCACAUAGUUGUUUGGCGGGCUGCUCCAACUACAAAAAAUAAACGCUAUUGCUAUCAUAGAAACAUUCCCGACGGUCUUAAUGAAAUCCGUAAGGAAUAAGCCUGUCCAUAAUUAAUUCCAAGUGCCUUGAUAAGCCUCUUCUCUUUAAAUACCCCUGAGCUUCUUAAGACCCUUCUUGAGGGCAGGAAUGGUAAAUCCUCAGCACUAUUGUACCGUCCCAAGAUCUCAUUGAUAAUUCUCCUCACUGUCAGCCAUAAAAUUCUUAUGAUGAUGAUUCCAAGAAUUUAGAGUUGGAUCAACUAAAAGGUUAAAUCCCCUUAUUGAUCAUUUCCCGUCUUUUCAUCACUUAUAUGCUUGAUUUUGUAUUGAUAUUGUGAGAAGGAAUUCUUGUCUUGGUCACUCUUUAGAGUUUAAGGGUUAAAACUAAUUAAUUUUUUCUCUCCACAGGCCUACUAUUAUAGCCUACCUAUAAAUAUUUGCACUCUUAGUUUUUUUUCCGGUUUUUUUCCGUAUGAAUCGUGCCUUGUAUCUAUUUAAAGAAUGGAUUUGAGAGUUAUCUUAUCUAUCUUACUUCUUAAUGACGGAUUCUGAGGAAUGAUAAAUAAAGUCUGGGUUUGGUUUUAUGGUUUUUUAAGUUCAAUGGAAUUGUGCGGAUUCGUGCCCCUCGACUGGAACUUGUUGUUUCCUGCGGCUCGUGCUACAGAAAGUCACUUGAAUUAAACUUAAAACGAACACGUUUCUCGUAGUAGACCGAAAGUUUGAAAUUGGGGAAUAUGACUUGCGUUACGUCCUCGGUUUUAGCUGGGGCAUAUUCGAUCACAUGGUUAGUUAAGAAAAAUCGAGAACGACCACAAAUAUUUGAGGAUUAUAAUAUCAAUAUCAUUGUCAUGGAUAUGGUGAUAAUCAUUAUUAGCGUCAUCGAUAUCGUCAUCGUCAUGGUUUAUGUUAACGUUGACCUUACCGUUAUCAUUAUUGUUAUUAUAACUUUGUUCUCAACUUCUGUUUUCAUAUUAAACUUAAUCAGAGGUUGCUAUGAAAUACAACAAACUUCAUGCUUCGAGGCGUAGGUAACAAGUAACAAAAAAUGUGUACUGGAAGUAGAAAUUGAUAAAAAAAAAACUAUUUUAAACAAUAGUUUUCAGUAGUUUCCUUCAAUUUUCUUGGCAGUGAAACAAGACUGCGUAGUUUCUCCAUGGUCGGAUUGGGGUCCCUGUCGUCCGCGAUGCGGCAUAGGGUUCAGACGGAGGACUCGGACUGUGACAUUCCGACCAAUGAACGGCGGAAGAGAAUGUCCCCCACUUAUAGAAAAUAGCGGAUGUUUUACAAAACUUUGUGGAGGCAAAGAAUUAGGUAAGGAAGCUUCUGGAAUUUCUUCUUUUUUUAUGUUAUGUCUUCUGCUUGGAAAACAUAAAAAUUAGCCAUACAAUGUAAAUAGACAAGGCUUAGUUGGAUUCUGCAACAUCUUUAUCUUCUAACUGAAAGUUAUAGUUUUAGACUUAGACUCAAAAAUCGCGAAGAAUGCUCGAAAGUCCAUCUCACAAAACGGCGUUAGAGUUUGCAGGUUAGGGCAAUGUGGAGAAGAACGUCGAGUACUUCCUGAGAAAAACAGAACAAUUGUAAUAGAUACUUAAAUUCAUAUCUCCAUUUUUAGGUUUUGCAAGAAUUUUACCCUAUAAGUUCAAGAAAGAACGCGCUCCUUCAGUGUGGGACAAAAUCCUACCAGCGCCGAGGGAAGAAUUGAAGACUACGGAGGCACCAAAGAGGUGACGGGAGUUUUGUUUGUUCUACCUGCAAAAUUUGUUUGCCAUCGCCUCGAUCUCGUUGCUUUGCCCGUUAUAGUUUGCAAUUUGGAAAUUGGUUUUUCUUUUUGCAACUCGAAGAUUCAACUUAAAAUAAAACUGGCUCUAAUAAGGAACGAUUUAAAUAAACUGCGUGACUGCAAUGGCUGAUUUAUCCCGGUAGCUAAUACUGGUUGUUAAUGGUAGAGGCUGAAGCUAUCACGUUACUGUAUAAUGUUUCCACGGCAUCAUCAGGGAAUGAAAAUAUUUUGCGUUCCACCCUAACUUUCGUAGCCAGCAGAACAGGCGCAAUUGUUUGCGUUUUUGAGCGAACGGAGGCAAGUGCCAGGUAGGCGUAAAAUGCGAUUCACGCGCGAGGGUGGAGCUUCUACCCUCGCGCGUACCUAAUGCUUCGCGCUUUGCCUUAUUCGCCUCAAAGACGUGAAUUUAUUGGUAGUGAGGUAGACCCUAGCUUAUCCCUUAGAGCACCACACAUGCACCUACACUCUCCAAUAUGUCAUCUUUCUUUGUGUACCUUUUCAUUAGCAUUGUCUGCCACUAUAUCACACCACAAUAUAGAUAGCUGUACAACAAAAAUGUUUUCCAUCCCUGAUAACGCCGUGGAUCUGCGACAGUUUGGAAGCUUAUUUUCAUUACAGUAGCUAAAGGCCUUAUUGAAACCAUUUCACUAUCAAGCUGACAGAAUUAUGCACGUAUUUUUAAUGGUUCUUACCGAUGACCUUUCGGAGGACAGACACGUAGGUGACAAUGGUGGUGAUAACAUCACCCACCGUAAAAUUGAAUAUUUUUUUUCCUUUAUAUGAUAAAAAGCAAAAUGGUGCUAAUGAUGACCUCAUCUAUGCGUCUGUCCUCCCAUAGAUCAGCGGUAAAAACCAAUUAAAUGCGUGUAGUAUUCAGCUCAGCAUAUGAUUUUAAAUUGUUACUGAAAGACAACAUGCAACGGUUACUGUAAAUAUAUUUCUGUAAGUAAGUAAGCGACUUUAUUUAACCAGGGUAGCCCAUAGGGGCCCUUGGGAAUAAAGAUAUGUGCAAUUUAUAAAAUCUAAAAAAUUAGUACAAUUUAAAAAUUUCAAAUUAGAGUAAAAAUUAUAAAAACUCUAAAGAACAUUUAAAAGGCUAAAAUAUACUAACAUGACAAAAUGAUUAUAGAUUUCCAGAGGAUAAAAAUUACAAAUAAAUAUAUUUAAUUGUCAAACUUUUAAAAUUACUCAAGGAGGGGGCACUCUGGUAAUGGUUAUCUUCAUACUAUGUUGGAUUAUUUUGAAAUUCUAACGAAGCUAUUUUUGUUAUUUGUGUAGGCCAAGCUAUUGUAUACAUUACAAGGUGCACUUCAAGCACCCGCACUGUAGGAAUACCUGGGCAGACAAGCUUGACCCACAGACCCCAAUCUGUGUUGAGUGCCAAGACGAGGCCAUGAACAAGCACGGAAAGUGUAAGGGCCAAGGGCUCUUUGGGGAUGUGACGUUGUGGGAAGCAGUCGACCUCAAAAGCUGUUACGGUGGCUGGCUGAAGAUUGGGCCAAAGAUUCCUAAUUGUACGUGCCAAAAUAAACAAUUCAACAAUUUUAUAUUUAUAUAAAAGCAUUAGCAGUAUUUAGCUCAUAUAAUCAACAGCUUGCUUCAUAAGGUCAACCGAGAUGACAUCAUCCUGAGCUCACAGUUCGGAGAACGCUGAUACGUAGAACAUUCGAUUUUAGUUCCAGUCUCUUUCGACGCUUUCUGUUGAUGCCAUUGCAAGGCUAAUGAUUGAAUCAAACGGCAUUCAUUGUAAUUCCACUUUUAGAUACGCAAUCCUUUCGAUCGGGGCCAGUUGCAAGGUUCGAUCAACCAAUCUGAAGUUACGAAAAAUUGUUUCCCCGAAAGCUUUUCAAGGCUAAUUUGUACCGCUGAUUUUAAAGGAUCGCGGCUCUGAAUACGAGACUGCAUUCAUCGCGCUAAUAUUUUGCUCGAAGUCGAUUUGCUUUUUAAUUGCCUGAAAAUUGUCUAACUAUAAUCAUCUUAGAAGGGCUUUUCUUGUAACGGCCGUUAAGGGCAAAAUCAAGAAUUAUGCAAAAUCGUAAACUAAUUCUCAUCCGAUCGUAAAAAUCUUGGCCAGUUUUCCUGGUGAUAAAAUUUAGGAAUUUAGGAGGCAGACUAAUUGUAUAUUUUAGUUUUAGCUUUUUUUGUUUUAUGCGUUGUAACGUAAAAAAACACUAGCAGCAUCUAAGCGUUGACAAAUUAGAAUCUUAAAUUAACCCGUGUAAACCGCUAGACCCAGUUCCCCUGAAACUUUGUUAUUUCCCUGAGAACAAUUUUCAAUUGGGCGUUGAAAGUAUUCAAGGUUUACUUAACUUUUCUCUGUGAUUGGUCCAGAAAACUCGCGCCAUUCUCUCGUUCUCUCAUUGGCUGUAUAGGAUAUUUUCCAUUCUUCUGAUUGGCCAAUGCGGUUCCUUUGGUUUUGGUUUUGCGACACUAUAUCGAAAAGCGCUCGUAACCUUUAAAUUCCCAGAUCCAUUAAGUGAUUCACCUCACUGUUGGCCAUACAAUUCUUAAGAUGUUAGUUUGGAGAAUUUGGUAUUAGAUCAACUAAUAAUUCCUUCAAGGAUAUUUUUCUUUCCUCGUUGAUAUUUUCCUUCGGUUUUGGUUUCACGACACUCUGUUGCGCUUAACUCUUUACUCCCUAACAUCAAUAUACAUAUU